AUUGGUUCAUAAGAAAUUUGGUUAAGCAGCUGCAUCUCAUUAAUGGCAGAUGGUUCUUUAGAAUACAGUUGAAGCAGAGCCACCAUUAUCCACCAUGGAUCAAAAAAUGUCCUGAAAUUUCACAGAAGAGAAUAACCACAGAGUUACAACAUUUCCUGUAAUAACUGAUAAUCCUGGUUAUUAUAAGAUAAAAUAUUCAUUUUUGCGCAGUCCCUAAAAAGCUGUUGUAAAUAAUUUGAAUAUUUUGUAGGCCUUUUGUAAAUGGCUUUAAUGUGGACACACUCGAUUUUAAAAUUUAAAGUUUGUUAUUGAUUUCUAUGUGUUGUCAUAAUGGAGCACUGCGGCUUCUGAUGUGAUUUCAGUUGUGUUUCCCUGCAGGUGUGAGGCUAUAAAAACCCUUUUCGAGGCAAAAUAUGUUGAUAUAGUAGAGUUAUAGUCUGAAUUUUAUUGCGGGAAAUGAAUUUGCCAACCAAAGGUCUUCUGCAGAGCCACUGUUUUUAAAGAGUCUACCAAGAAUAUUUAUAAUAGGCUAGAUAACACUGCAGCAGGGAUAGAGAUCGGCAGAAUAAUUGUACAAGAUGAAAGAGCAUAGUUUCUUUCGCACUGAAGAAAUCAAAUCCUACCUCUUUACAGGCGUUUUUUUUUUAUUAUUUCUUUGUUUCUUUGUAAAAUCGCUCACGCGAUUGCAGAAUAUUUCUGAUGUUCAGCGGAUCAGCUGAACGAUUUCUUUUCCAAGUGUGUAUUUAUCUGUUUUCAAUAAAAGGCCUAUUCGUUAAAAUAUUUUACAUUCAUUUCUCCUUUAGAAUAAUGAAUAACUUUAUUAUGAUUUUAAGGUCUGGUUUAUUUUGAAAGGAUACUUUCUGAACUAUAUGGAUUUACAGAUAAUUGUAGAAUCCUUGCGGAAAGUCUUAAUGAUUGACACGUCGAUCCAAACCGGUGUGUGGGCUCACACACAUCCUGUAAUUAUCAGGCUUCCCUUUCGUUAAAUGACUCCGAGAGUUUCUGUGAGCGUUUUGUUUCAUAUGCAUCAGCCCCUCUACUGUUUGCAUAGAUUUUAAUAAGCUCUCUUUGUCACAAUAGUUUUAUUUUGUCUGGUAGACUUAUAUAGCCCCAAACAAUUAUUUCAAAAUAAAAGACCAGCCAUAUUGAUUUUAUUUUAAAUAGUUACAUAUGUAAAUCGCAGUGAUUAUUUUUUGUUUUUUCUGACCCUCAAAGCCUAAACAUGGUACUGUACACAUUCAUUAUUAUCUGAAUAUUUUGAAUCAGUCUGAUAACGAAAAUAAAACUUUUUUGUUGAUGAUAAAAACGAGGGCUGAAAUCAUGAUGAUAUUGAGAAUUUAAAUAGAAGGGACCGGAGAGAAUAUUACACCAUUAAAAAAUGAUUAAUUACAUUCUGUUUUUUUCUAUGGAAUUAGAAUAAGUCUACUAUGAUCAUUUCCUUUUGUAUUUUUAAUCAUCAUUAUUUUUUCUUCCUGCUGAACUUGGAUAUAAUGUAGGUAAAUCUAACCUUCUGUGUGGAGAAGGUCUAUAAAAAAAAGCCUAUUUAUAUGCGCGAGUAUGUGCGUUAAUUAUCGCGUUCCUGCCUAUACAGUCAGCACCAGUUGUAUAUUUCCAAUAGCAAAUAAACGGCAAUUAUAUAACUAACUAUAAUAGCUUUUUUCCUUCUGGCAGCCGUUGCAAAUGCCUGAGAUAUCAAACAUACACCAGCACAGUUUGAGUUUGAGAAAAGUUUCUGUCAUAGCUGUUCCAGACUGUGUCCACCCUUCUCACGCAUAUGAAACUCUUUCCUCUCCCUCCCCCUUCUUUAACUAUAAGGCAGGCCCGGAGAGCCACACAAACUUUCACUACAGCUCAGCCAGAGACACUGCGGCUCUUUUUCUGUUGCGCUCUCGUCGUCUUUGCAGCCCUGCAGUUAGUCUCUCCCGCCCCUGCACCUAUGAAGCCUCGGAGUAAAAGCUGCCAGCCCCUCAAUUUGAUUCACUUCCUGUAGUCAAGACUCCUUCCCAAAAGUGGGGAGAGGAGAGAGAGGGGGAACUGGGAAAAGGAAGAAAUCUUUCUGUUCUAAAUAAGGCUCUCUGAGGAGCAGCAAGCAACUCCUCGUCUCUGCAUAGCUUCAAAACUUUUCGUAGUAGUUACUGUGAGUGGCAGCGAGACCAUCGCGCACAGCAGUGUUCUUUUUUUUCCCACAAAUAGAGAGAACACGUUUUUGCGCUAAAAGCAAAACUGUGCGCCAGUUAUACCAGAAUCCAUGCAUGGUACGGAUGGUAUACAAGUUUUGACGCCCACCGCCGUCUCUUCCCCUGAUUCCACGCGCCGAGUUUGGAGACACUGUACGCUUGUGAGACUCCAGGGGUUCGUUCAUGUACUGGAAAAAUGAAGUUUUGUCCCCUCUCUCAGAGGGAAAUAAGAUUCUGUCCGACGGAAUUCCAACGAAGCAGGUGAUCUCUACGGAGCAUCAGAGUACACCGGGAGCCUCGCGCUGCAGUGUGGACUCUAAACACACGCCAAUGUCUCACUCGGACGGAGAAUCCCAGCGGUCCAACAUGGAGCGGGAGGACACUCGCUCGUCCCCGAGCACCCCGUCCACCCCCUCCGUGUGCUCGCCGACUUCCACCACCAGCUCGGUGCCGUCUACCGGGAAGAACAUGUGCGCCAGCUGCGGUCUGGAGAUCCUGGACAGAUAUUUGCUGAAGGUGAACAACCUGAUCUGGCACGUGCGCUGUCUGGAGUGCUCCGUCUGCAGGACGUCGCUACGUCAGCACAGCAGCUGCUACAUCAAAAACAAAGAGAUCUUCUGUAAAAUGGAUUAUUUCAGUAGGUUUGGUACUAAGUGUGCCCGCUGUGGCCGGCAGAUAUACGCCAGUGACUGGGUGCGCCGUGCAAGGGGAAACGCAUACCACUUGGCAUGUUUUGCGUGCUACUCAUGUAAGCGGCAGCUGUCCACGGGAGAGGAGUUUGGUUUGGUGGAGGAGAAGGUCCUGUGCAGGAUUCACUAUGACACCAUGGUGGAGAACCUAAAACGAGCGGCUGAGAGUGGCAAUGGUAUCACGUUAGAAGGAGCAGUACCAACAGAGCAAGACAGUCAACCCAAACCGGCCAAAAGAGCACGGACAUCCUUCACUGCAGAGCAGCUACAGAUAAUGCAGGCUCAGUUUGCCCAGGACAACAACCCAGAUGCCCAGACACUACAGAAACUAGCCGACAUGACAGGCCUCAGCAGAAGAGUUAUACAGGUGUGGUUUCAAAACUGCAGAGCAAGACACAAAAAGCACACGCCCCAGCACAGUGGGGCUCCGCAAGGUCAUCCCCAGUCCAGGAUACCCUCGUCCCUGCCCGAUGAGCUGCAUUACUCCCCCUUCGGCAGUCCUGAGCGGGCGCGCAUGGUGGCUCUUCACGGGUACAUUGACAGUCAUCCCUUCUCUGUGCUGACCUCUCAGAAUCUCCCUCAUCAGGCCAUGUCACUGCCCCAGCUCCCCCUCAGCCGCUAGCACUCCACUAUGACCUUUAUGACCCCUAAUCUCUGGAACCUAACCCUUGAUCUCCCAUCAGUGACGUCUGCAGACCUGACCCAGAGGUCAAGCAGGAGUCAGCUUGGAGAAAAGACAAAUCUUACAGGAGCCCUGGCCACUCGGAAACAGAAAAAGACAUGGAAGAAAGCUGAAAAAAGUUUUUUUUUUUUUUCCCUCUCUCUCUCUCUCUCUCUAUUUCUCUCUGAGGACAGGAAUAUCCCACCUGCAGCCAGUUCGACAAAAUGCCCAUGAAGCAUUUAUCAUUAGCAGGAACUCACAGACUAUAUUUUACAACCACCAAAAGGACCCAUUUUGCCUCAAGUGUAAAGCAUCCUCCACUCUACUCAACACCCCUCUGACUUGAAGGUGGAGGGAGUUUUAAAGGCAUGAAACUGAUCGAGGAAGCAGGACUGAAGCCUCUUGAGUGCUGUCAGAAUACUGAAGAUAAAACAAAGAGGGGAAAAUUUAAGGGGGGACUGUCACUGUGGGCCAAGGGCCGGGCACACAGAGUAGACCACAUUAGAGGUAAGGCUCCUCCCUCUUUUCUCUCUAAGCAACCAUGAAGGAAACCUGAACGUAAGCAAAAUAUGUUCACUGUUGGAAUAUUUUUAGGAAUGACAUAGUGACUUUAUGGCAUCUCAAAAAAAAAAGAAACUUCCCAGCUACAUUUUUGGUUAAUUUUCCACUGAAAUGAGGUGUAGAAUUAGAUUUUUGUUAAAGAAUGAAAACAUUGUGUGCCUUAUCUCUUCCAUUAUUAAAAGAAAUUGUGGUUGUUUACAGCAGUUAAAUUCAAGCCUGUAAUUCAUCACUUAACAAAGUUUUUUUUUUUUUUUUAAAUUUGACUGUGUAGUAGAAAUGAGAAUGAGAAUUUGAUAUCAUCCUUUGGUAUAAAAUCACAAAUUGUAUCUAUUGUAGCAUGUUGACUACUUAUCAUGAAGGAAAACCACAAAGCACAAUGUCUGAGCUUGCGUAUUAUUAAAUUAUGGCUGUAACAUUAGAAGCAGAGGCUAACAGUUUUUAAGCCGCUACAGUCCUGUUAACUGACGCAGAGGGAAGUCUGAGAUGAGCAUACUAGUCAAACUACACAUUCCUACAAAAUCUGCCAUGUUACAAGUUACAUAUUUUCCAAACAGGUGUAUUGUCACUAAUUUAUGAUUCUAAAGUUGUUUGUUCAGCCUCUUUGUGCAUGUGUCUUUCGUACAAGGAGGAAAAUGGAGUAUUGGUACAAAAUGGACAAUAUAAAACAGACUGGGUUGUAUAUAGUAAGAUAUGAGUGUGUGUGUGUGUGUAUAUGAGAUGUAUGUGUGUGUAUUGGCAGGGGUAGAGAGUGUGCAUCUGUAUUUUAGUGCCAUGGCCAAUGUGUGAAGAACAGGCUCCAACAAGACCUCAAUGUCCUUGUAUUUAUUGAGAUGGUAAAUCCCUGUAAAGCACUUUUUUCCCUCUGAAAAUGUUUUGUUUUGUUAAAAAAACAUGAAAUGAAAUUAAACAAAAAGUUUAUUUGAUAGACUGUGCAUCAUAAAUGUUUUGUGUACUAAAUUGCAAUAAAAUAGAAUGUGAUA